AUGAAGGACCAGUAUAAAAGGCAGCCCAAUUCCCAGCUCUCCCAUCCACUUCUCUUGCCUCUUUCUCCUUGGGAAUCAGUCAUGUCCUGCUACUCCCAGUGUGUGCCAUGCCGGCCCUGCGGCCCCACCCCUCUGGCCAGCAGCUGCAAUGAGCCCUGUGUCAGGCAGUGCCAGAACUCCAACGUUGUCAUCGAGCCCUCUCCCGUGGUGGUGACCCUGCCCGGACCCAUCCUCAGCUCCUUCCCGCAGAACACCGUUGUGGGAUCCUCCACCUCUGCUGCUGUUGGCAGCAUCCUCAGCUCUGAGGGUGUGCCCAUCACCUCAGGGGGCUUUGACCUCUCUGGUUUUGGAAGCCGCUACUGUGGCAGAAGGUGCUACCCCUGAUAAAGCUGCUGGCCAUGAUUCUGGGGAAGUUCUUCCAAAAACUA